CAACUGCAUCACCCCAAAUAAUACAGUGUGUAAAUUAAUUUGAGGGAUGAAAUCCCUUCCCAGUUUUCUUGUUUAAGGAUGUACAGUGAUCUACAACUCCUUCCACGCUGGUUGGCCCAAUGUGAGCUAUCCUCGUAUCUUUACCAUCAGGGUCAUUCCCACACUUCACAUCCUAAACCAAAUGUAAGCUCAUUCUCUGCACUUCUGGCCCUUUCAUUUUAACAGUAAUCCAGUGCUAUCACCUUCAACAUCUGCUACAUUGUAGAAACCAGAGCAAUAACCUAUUCUAUUAUUGGCCAUUUUGAGUUCAGUUUCUUUCUCACUUCCUUUUUUACCAAGUUAUGCUUUGGCUUAAACUUCUACUUUCUGGAUGAAGAUGCAUCUAUUCUAUUCCUUAAACUCAAACAUAUUUCCCCACUGGUGUGAAAAGGUAGCUAAUUUCAGUUCUUCCAUUAAUCUGCUCCUGACUACAAAAGGAGUUAUUUGUUUCAGCUUCUCAUGUGGACCCUUACCUAUCAAAGCACCUCAGACAUGCAGGAGGAAGAAACAUACACCUCUCUUCAGUGGGAUAAUCCAACACCAAACCCUUACCAGAAACAUCUGUCUUCCACCAAAAAUUCAGGAACAUGGUGUCUUGUGACGGUGGUUUUAUGUAUCUUCUGCAUAGGCUCAUUAGCAACCUCCAUUUUCUUGGGUGUCAAGUUGUUCCAGGUGUCCACUACUGCAAUGAAGCAGGAAGAAAAACUCAUCCAACAGGACAGAGCACUGCUCAAUUUCACACAAUGGAAGAGAAACCAUGGCCUGCAGAUGAAAUAUUGCCAAAUGUUGAUGCAGAAGUCUUUCAGUUCAGCCCAUAACUGCAGCCCUUGUCCAGACAACUGGAUUCGCAAUGGAGAAAGUUGUUACCGUGUCUUUGAAAGCUGGACAAUUUGGCACACCAGUAGAGAGGAUUGUUUGAAGCAGGGAUCUAAGCUUCUACAAAUAGACAGCAAAGAAGAAAUGGACUUUAUCACUGGCAGCCUGAGGAAGAUCAAAAGAAACUAUGAUUACUGGGUGGGACUGUCUCAGGAUGGGUCCAGCCAACCUUGGCUUUGGCAAGACGGCUCCUCUCCUUCCCCUGAUCUGUCACCAAUACAGGGACCCCAAUCAACUAACCAGGUCUGUGGAUACCUCAGAAACAACGGCCUUUCUUCCGCUGACUGCAGCACUUGGAAAUAUUUCAUCUGUGAGAAAUACACGUUAAGAUCUUCUACCUGAAAGAAAGUUUGCUUGAAGUGAUUGCUCCAUUAUGGUAAUACCUGCAACAGAUCAUUGGAAAACCUGUAACAAUGAGUUUAAGAGUCAGCGCAGAAGUAAACCAGUGCAAGGGUUGUGAAACCAGCUACCCGAGACACAAAACCUAUCUUGCAUUUACACUUGGUAAUAUUCCUCAACAUUUUCCAGAUGUUCCUUUGACAUUGUUCAAAUUAAUUACCGAGAAUAAAAUUGGUUUAGAGCAACAGAGGACAAAACCCUAAAGAGUGGAAAACAAGCUGAAGAAAAAUCAUUUCUAUUUGUCAUUUUUUUUCUUCCUCUCUCUCUCUCUUUUUAACUUAGAGUGACUGUGAACUCGACAGAAAAAUCUAUAAGUCACUGGGGAGAUGAUGCAGUUUUAGCUGACUGAUACUGUUUUUAAUAAAUGAAUAAAUGUGAUCUUUUAAACUCA